AUGUGCUUUGAAAAUCAUUUAGAAGUGGAAGAAAUGAAUGCAAGUUUGCGGCGAGCAAAAUUUUGGAGGCAUGCACCAAUAUCAGAUCAUCAACUUGACACUACAAACUCAAAAACAGGAUUAGAGGAUGAUGUGCGGGUUGUUCAUUGGUUAGGGAAUAUUUUGCAAGACUUUGGAAGUGAAAAUGCUGUCAGACGUGACAACAAAAUUGGAAUUCCGAGUUAUGACGAUUAUCUGACAGAGCGGCUCAGAAAGAAAUCUGGUGUCUUAGAAACAGAGAAAUACAAUACCGAUUACUCAGAGGAUGGACAUAAGGUGUGGAUGUUUGAUGAUGAAAAUGAUGACAAAGAACACUUUCACUAUAAGGAUAAUAGUACUCCUGCAUCAUUUACUCCAAAAAAAACAAAAAAUGCCCAAGUAGAAAUGAGAGAAGAAACUGAGCCAUCUGUAUGCGUCGGACAAAAAAAUGGAGUUUAUCGAGCCGCACCUUGUGAACAGUGGUAUUUGUCAUGUUAUCAGGAAGAGUUGAAGCAGAUAUUCUGCGAUAAGGGCUUAUAUUGGAACAAUGAUGAAGGUCGAUGUGAGCAGAAAACUAAAAUACCUUAUUGUCAACUAAAGUAUGACUGCACCGGAAUGCAUGAUGGUUUAUAUAUAAAUGGCUGCUCUAAUGUAUUUUGGUUUUGUGUCGGUGAAACAGUAUUUCUAUCUAUGUGCCCCAAAUAUCGCUACUUUAACAUUAAAAACAUGGAAUGCGACUUCAAAGAAAAUAUAUCUGCAUGUAAAGGUAUCGAUGAAAAUCAAGUAAGUAAGGUGGUCCUUCCAGAAAAAAGUAACCUUGAAUCGAUUAAAAGGAUAAAAGGGCGAAUCAUUCAACUGAUGGUUAAAUCAAAAGGGAAGAAAAACGUUUGUGAAAAACGCAAAGAUGGCAAGUAUGCUAUUAAGGAAUGUUACAGAAAAUAUGUUUUUUGUGCUAGUGGCAUGGGGUUGGUUGUCAAGUGUCGACGUGGGCAGUUGUUUUCUGCUAAACACCAUCGUUGCAUGGAGAGGGACGAAUUAUUAUCUUGUGUAAAAUCCAAGUAUACGGGAAGAAUCAAAACUGCCAAGCACCUUAUUUCAUGUUUUUCGCUUUCUGAUGGAACAUAUUCAUUGGGAGAGUGUCAAAAAAUGUUUAUAAUUUGUCGAAACGAAUCAGGAAGAAUUGCUUCUUGCAGUUCAGGUCUUGUGUUUAAUGCACAGAAAGGACAGUGUGAAGAAAUAUACAAUGUUGAGAAAUGCGCGCGAACUGGAAAAGCUGGAUUGAAACGGGACAUCGCCCAAAAAAUGAUAAAUUUAAAUAAGAAGCAAAGUAGUUGCCAGGAGAAAAAAAAUGGCAAGCAUGCAAUCAGAAAUUGUUAUGAAAAGUAUCUUUUUUGCAUCGAUAAGAAAGGUUUGAUCGUCACUUGUCGCAAUGGGUAUUUAUUUUCUCCCGAACACGAUCGAUGCAUAAGUAAAGCCGAUUUACCGUUUUGUGCAGAAUCUGGAAACGAACCUAUCAAUCAAUCCACCAAAUCUUCUUUCUCAUGUUCUCUACCUGAUGGAAUCUAUGCCCUGGGAGACUGUGAAAAAACUUAUUUGGUUUGUUCUCGUGGAGUAGGAAGUAAUUCCUCGUGCAAGCUAGGUCAUGCAUUUAAUAGACUCACAAGACAGUGUGACUCUAUGUUCAAUAUUGAAAGCUGUCCGCAAUACAAAAGUCAACAAAAAUGGAAUAAACUACCAUUUUUACUCAAUCGUCCAGACUGUCGUUGUGAAGGGCGUAAAGAUGGUCUCUAUUCAGUGGGAUGUACCGAAAAAUUUUAUUCAUGCUCGAAUGGUAUCUCAACAGGAUUCGAAUGUCCAAAUGAUCUGGUUUUUAAUCCUGAUGGAGGUUUUUGCGAUUACCCCAGAAAUGUUGCAGCAUGUGAUGGACAAUCAGCUGUUCAAACAUUUGAUAAGAAGGAGGAAGGAAUUGCUUCUGAUGUAGUUUCUGGAUGUGCUAUCUUAGGUGAUGGUAUUUAUGGUUUAUCACCUUGCGGUACUGGUUAUUAUCACUGCUGGCGAGGCGCUACGUCUUUCGCAAAAUGUGCAUUUGACUUAGUUUUUAAUCCUUCUCUUCAGCGAUGUGAUUUCAAAGAAAAUGUUUACGGCUGCUCGGAAUAUGUCGAAAAAUUCCCAGUAAAAAGUUAUAAAUCGAAAUAUCGACUUACGAUUAUUCCUGUUAACGAUAGUAUUUUGAGAUGUAAAGAACUGAAAGAUGGUUUCUAUGCUGAAGGUUGUAGUAAACUUUAUUAUGGCUGUGCAAAUAGUGAAACGUUCUAUAUGAGUUGCCCACCAGAUCUUGUUUUUGAUGUUUUGAGUGAAUCCUGCAAGGAGAUGAACUAUGUUGAAGCUUGCAGAAACUCGACAAGUAUAGGAAAACAGUUAGUACUAAUGGACAGUCAUAAAGGACCUCUGCCAAGUUGUUCAUCUCUUCCAAAUGGUCCUCAUCAACUUGCCUUUUGCUUGGAUAGUUACAUUUAUUGUGAAGAUGGUGCUAUUAGUUUAGCUAGCUGCCCACGUUUUUUGGUUUUCAAUCCUCAGAACUCCCAGUGUGACCUGAGGGGUAACGUUGCCGCGUGUAACGAAGACAUUCAGUUGUCCAAGAAUGAGUCAGAAAAGCAGUGUGCCACCAAAUCAGAUGGAAUUUUUUCAUAUGUUUGUUCGGGAAAUUUUUAUGUUUGUGUGAAAGGGAUAAUGUUUCAAUUUACCUGCCCAAAUGAAAUGGUUUACGACAGUAAAUUUCGACAGUGUCGAACAGAUAUGGAAGUCGAAAACUGCACUCAAAUAACGACUUCAAGAGCUGUGUUAUUUUCAUCAAUGAGAAACAUAAAUUCACUUGACAGUACUAUGAAAAUUAAAGAUAGCCAAGCAGAUGACAGAAACGUUUGUAAUGGCAGGCUUGAUGGACAUUAUGAAGAUAGAUUGUGUUCUAAUGUCUUCUUCGCUUGCGUUAAUAUGUCGAAAAUAUUACUGUCUUGCCCCGGAGCACUUGUGUAUGAUGCCACAAUAAAUCGUUGUGAAUAUCCAGAAAGCAUACCUCAAUGUCGCGAUUAUACUACCAUGUCUGAAAAUAUUUUAUCGAAGAAUCAAUCAAGAAGAGUUUUGUCCGAGGAAAGGCAGUCAGGAGAAAGUGAAACUCUGCCUCUAGCAUUAUCAUGUAAAGGCAGAAGAGAUAAAGCGUACAUAAUGGAUUCAUGCUUAAAUGCCUAUUAUAAAUGCUAUAAGGAGAAAUUGUCAGUGGAAUAUUGUCAAGACAAUAUGGUAUUUGAUGGCAGUGUUGUUGCUUGUGUCCCAAAAUCAAUUUGUAGAAGAGAAUCAUCCUUUCUACCGCCUAAAUUUUAUAUGAGCAAGCAUUUGAAUACGAAAAUUGAUGGAAAUUUGGAUCUCACUGCAGAUAAUAUGAAGUGGUUCCCGCGAUACUGCCGGCAGUUGGCGGAUGGUAAUUAUUCGGCGGGCUGUGUGGCCAAUUUUAUAAUAUGUACAGGGGGCUCUGGAUUAAUUGGAAAAUGUCCGGAAACAAUGGUGUUUUCGAAUGUACUGCAUCGUUGUGUAUCUUAUGAAGAAUGUGCAUUUUGGUUGUAUCGAAUACUGAUUUCAUUUUUUCCAUCAAACAGGACCAAUCAAGCAGAAAAUUUCACUAGUCUUGGAAGCUCUUCAGUGAUAACAGUGACUUCUCAAAAUUCAGAAGCAAAAUGCAGCAAUUCUCAAGAUGAGCAUUAUACCUCUGAAUGCUCGAGCACUUACUCAGUAUGUGUUGAUGGCAAAACAAUUACAAAAAGCUGCCCACUUCACAUGGUUUUUGAUUCGCGUUCACAACAAUGUACAUAUCAUGAAGUUUGUGAGAAUUUAAUACCAAGCACACUACAAACUGAUGUAAACUUGCAACAAGACCACAAGCAGCGAGGACCGAUAAAAACAGACAGUGAAAACAGGAAAAUAGACCGACAUGUUUGCAUACCACAAGUAUUAAAUAAUAGAGUCGAUUCAGUCAAAUGUGACAAACUCACUAAUGGCUUGUAUGGGAUUGACUGCUGGAAUGAAAUUGUUUUCUGUUACCAUGGUGUCCAGACGAUUCGUCGUUGCUUGCAAAGACAUGUAUUUUCUCCCACUGCUUUAAGAUGUGUUCAUCCUUCCGAGUGUGAGAUAAAAAAUCAUUGUGGUGCAGGAUUCAUUGGUAUAACUUAUUUAGGGAAGUUUAAAGCAACCAAGGACGAUUCUCCUCGGAUAAGUUCUGGUGAUAACUUUACUUGCACUAAUAAAACGGAUGGCAAUUAUGGGGAACAUUGUGCUCCUACAUACUUUGAGUGUUCACAACAAGUAACAUCCUUGAAAAGAUGCAAAUUAGAAGAAGUUUUUGACAAAUUUGGUAAUAAAUGCAUACCGAAGGAUAAAUGCGUCGCUUCAGAUCGUGACGAGGUUCGGUGCACUGAAGGUCAGAAUUACGAGGCAGGUAAAUGCAAAGACUACUAUUAUAAAUGUUCAAACAACGAACUCAUUUAUAUUAAAUGUCCAAAUGAUCAUUUUUUUAACGCUUCACGUGGAAUGUGUGGCAUCAAAUGUGAUUUCUGUGAGUGUAGUGAUACCAGUUACGACACUGAUCAGACCACUGUUACUACUUGCAAUCCUGGUGAAAUAGUUCCCCGUGGACCAUGUAUGGACACUUAUUUGAAGUGCAGCAUGAUGAAGUCUUUUGAAAUCAAGCGCUGUGAAAAGGGUAAACGUUUUGAUACAGCGCAGAGUAUAUGUCGGUUUCAAAAAGAAGUGCCAGAAUGCUUCGAUUCUAGAAAGGAAUCUAAAAUAUUUCUUUUCCCUGCGUUCUUUCAUGUAUCUGAUUCAUUUCAAGCUCCACCGUCGUUAAAUCCACAGCUACGAAGUAUCUUCAUCGAUCAACGUGACCCGAAACAACACACGUUGGUACGGCCACACAAAGACUUGAUCAUAACUAAAAUGAGUAAAAAUCCAGUGACGUUUGGUAUGCUGAAAACAUUUCCAUCAAGUGUUAUGACUGCUUCAGAAACGACUCCAUCAUUACCUGAUUUAAAUAUUGUUAAAUAUAAUCCACAGUUAGCAGCAUUCAAACCUGCAUCGAGGAUUUUUAAUAGCUUACCUAACCGACGAAGGCUCAUAAAAGAUACUUUUCGUACCAAUCCAUUAUCGUAUGGAUAUACUCCUCUUCUAAAAGAGAUGAAUGUGGGAGUCAUCGAUCACUUCCAUCCACCAAACAACUUGCAGUAUGUUUUUCCGAUCCAUUCAUCUUUGGAUCUUCAAUCUCCUAUACUUAAUUCAACAAUUAGAGAAAUCAAUGAAGCAGCGAGCGGAAAAGUAAUGAUAGAUAAUGUAGAAGGAAGCGGUGAAGAUGACAAUUCAUUUGCAGUAUUAAUUGAUUCUGUUGUGGAAGCAACGAAUCGCACAAAACGUGACGCAUUCAAAACGAAAUUUUCUCGGUCCGCAUUAAAGAUUGAUUUGUCGUUCAACAGUUCAAGGCUUUGUCACAACCAGUCGUUCCCGAUUAAUAUUGCACUGGGAUUCUGCCAGUCACAUUACAUUCACUGUGGAAAUCAGCUGUAUACAAGUUUUAUUCUGAAGUGCAAAAGCGAUGAUCUGUUCGAUGACAAAUUAAAAAAAUGUGUGCCUGCGUUUGACUGCAAAAUGAGAGGAGUAUAUUCUAAGCGCGCAGCAAAUGAAGAAACAAUAUGCUCGUUGUUAUCUGAUGGUAUAUAUGCACUUCCGGGAUGCAAUCAACAUUUUAUUUCGUGCAUUUCUAAACGAGCAAUACUAAGAAGCUGCCCUGAUGGACUCUUUUAUGAUGGAAACAAAAAUCAGUGUGACUAUAAGGAACAAAAUGCAAGUUGCAGAAAGGCUACAACCUACGAACGACUUUCUACAGGAAGCACGUCGAUGCAAAUGAGAUUGACGACAGAACAUGCGGUGUAUGAAGUCCCUUCUAUCUUACCCAAUUUUGCCUGUUCAGUUAAUAGUACCGUGUCUCUUGGAUGUUCGCCCACUUUCAUCGUUUGUGCUGGCGGCACUGCAUAUAUAUUUAGCUGCGAUGAUGAUCUUGUCUUCGAUCAGGCAUAG